AUGUACCAAAACCCCACCAAAACCCCUGUCAUGAAGCUUCAGAAGAUCUUCAGCUGCACCCCCGAUUCCUCGACGAAGCUCUCGAUCUUCCCCCUGCCACGCCAUCCCAUCUCCCAUCCUGGGGCCUGUCCAAACACCUCUCAACAAUCGUCCAAUCGCUGCAAGCGUCACUCGGAUAUCUCGUGCAUUGACUUCGAACUCGGCACACCUACCUGCCCACCUAUUCCCGACUUUCACAAGUUAAAGAGACCACGGUUCACGUGGACGGCGAAUUUACACUUGGAUCACCAGUUGGCAGGCCAUAUCACCACCAAUCGCCUGUAUUCAACGGGGACACCAACGCCACAAGCACCUUCGAAACCGCCAACCGCGGGCCUCGUCCUAGUUGACCCCGCCGCACCCGCCACCAGCCCCUCCGUUGAAAAGACUCCCCGCUCGGCACAGCGUCCCGACACCGCAACGCUUCCAAGCUUCCAAGACAUUUACAGGUUACUCGAUUGUUGUUGUGCCUUGUGCCUCUUGUCCGUCCGGCUCAUUGAUUUGAUUGCUCGGACUGAAGCCGAACUGGCCACGCCUGAUUGUCAAGCAAUUGACAACUGCCCAGACAGCAUCCCACUUUUGACUCCGGUCUCUUGCGUCCUGUGA